GGGGACUCCGCCCCUUGACUCCCGGAAGUGGAAGGGCCUGGCGUUACCAUGGCGGCGUCUCUGGGGCAGGUCCUUGCUCUGGUGCUGGUGGCCGCCCUGUGGGGUGGCACACAGCCGCUGCUGAAGCGGGCCUCCGCCGGCCUGCAGCAAGUGCAUGAACAGACGUGGGCCCGGCAGCUGCUGCAGGAGAUGAAGACUCUCUUCUUGAAUACCGAGUACCUGAUGCUCUUUCUCCUCAACCAGAGUGGCUCCCUUCUCUACUACCUGACUUUGGCAUCAACAGAUCUGACUUUAGCUGUGCCCAUCUGCAACUCUCUGGCCAUUGUCUUCACACUGAUGGUUGGGAAGAUCCUUGGAGAAGAUGUUGGUGGAAAACAGGCAGUGGCUGGCAUGGUACUCGCCAUUACAGGGGUCACACUUUGCAUCACAAGCUCGGUGACCAAGACCCAGGGCCAACCGUCGUCAUCUUGAGUGGCCAACCCUGACCUUCAGUUCUGCUGUGUUCUGCUGUGCUCAGCAGACUCCAGGCACUGAGGUGCACCAGGGGGAUACACCAGUUUGGCUCUCUAAGCUCAGCCUCCUCAUCUCUCGGAUCACAUCUACCUCAGGGUCCAGUGUUCCACGACAGCCAAGGAAGGCUACAUGGAGAAACCCUGUCUCAAAAAAACAAAAAAAGAAAAAAGAAAGAAAGAAAAGAAAAAAAGAGAAGAAAAAAGAAAAAGGACCAAGGAGCAGCCCUGGGAUGGUUUUGUAAUCUUUGGUGGGUUCAGCUGUUGUUGAGAUUUAGCACUGGAGCCAGGAGUCAUGACACAUACCUUUAAUCCCAUCACUCAAAAGGCAGCUACACAGAGAAGCCUUGCAUGAGAGAGAAGGUGAGGAAGAGAUUUCACACUGGAGACUUUUACACACACACACACCCCAGCAGCCCCUGUCCAGCAGCCGUCUGUUACUGGCCUGCUGGCCUGCUCUAGUCCACAUAGCCUCAGCUGUGUGGAAAGGGCUGGCUGCAGUCUCUGAACCAGGUUGUGUCUGCAGAGCUCCACAGCCUCAUUACUCGGCAUUACUCAGGGAGAGUGGUUGCCUCAGUCAGAAUGGCAGAUGGAAGAAAAGUGAGCUGGCCCUGAGCAAAAAUGCUCAACUUCCAGUUCCUCAAGUAAGGAGACAGCUGUGCCCGAGCAGCACCUAGCUGCAAACACCUGGCCAGCAGCAGCUUUCAAUAAAUCUGCAGCAAACAAA